AUGCCAGCAAAGCAUAAAGCGGCGGGUACUAAAGACCAACUCCAAUCGGCGCAGAUGCUUAAUCCUCACUACUUUUCACUUGACGCGGAAGAACAUAACAAGUCGGCUGAAACUUCCGACUUAAUUUCAGCCCAAUCUCUGGCGCGACAGCACCCCUUCCCCUUUUUCUUAGAAAACGCUCCGGCCUUUCGGACGCCUGAGCUUCUUUCUAUUUGUCUUGGCGUGCACCAACUCUUCUUCAGCUGGAGUAUUGGGGAACCACGAGCUAUUGUGCUGCAUAUGCACAAUAAAGGAGCAGGGAAGUGCACCUCUAUCUGUAAAGAGAUAGGGUACUGUACGCCCAAUAAUAGCAAAAAGAUCGAACGCCGGAAGAAAGACCGCAACCAAGUCUUUGUCUGUUCCCAGUGUGGCACAACCAAUACGCCACUUUGGCGCAAAUACAAUUUGUCCAUUGUCUGCAACGCCUGUGGACUCUAUUCUAGAACCCAUGGCGGUGUUAUGCGUCCUUCGAGGCUCUUUAAGGAUAAAUUAUCGCCUAAAUAA